GGAGGGGAGAAAGAGCUGGGGAGGUGGGGGCAGAUCACAUCAACAUCUUGGCGUUGGGCUGGGUCUAUGUGGAGCCCCAGAAAUGUUCCCCAGCCCAUUCUUCCCAAGAAUCAAUGAGUAAAAUCAGGGGCCUCCCACCUGAGGUCAGGGAACCAGGCCCUGGACUGGAACUUGGGGUGGAAAAUGGCCUUCUUUGUCAACUGAUUCAUUCUCCAGAAUUCAACUUAUUCUCCGACUCGGUGGUGUUUGAAAGCAACUUUAUCCAGGUUGCUAAGCCCGGGAACUGGAAAGAUGUCUGUGAAAGGUCUACCACUGUGAUCCUUGGGGUGACCUCCUCAGUGCCUUCCCUGCCACUCCCCAAUGUCCUCCUGAUGGCCAAUGUUACCUCGCCCCGGGGUCCGUUUUCCACCUGGAACACACCUGGUGAUGCCCCAGUCAUCACCCUCAGCAGGCUUCUCCCCCUGAAGUAUGUGGAGCUACAAAUCUAUGACCGGCUCCAACGCAUCCUGAGGGUGAGGACGGUGACUGAGAAGAUCUACUACCUGAGGCUCCACGAAAAACACCCAGAGACUGUGUUUCAAUUCUGGAUCCGCUUGGUGAAAAUUCUGCAGAAAGGCCUGUCCAUCACCACCAAAGACCAGAGAAUCGAAUUCACUCACUGCCUGGUGCCCAAGAUGCCCACCAGCUCCAUGGAAACAACAUCUGAAAACAGCCUCCUGUCAACCCCCCAGCCCAGCGAGACUCUCAUGCUGCUGGCGGCUGAGCAAACCAAUGGCAGUGUCUCACGGCUCUCAGGAAAGCCCCAGCUCACAGCAGACAGGAACAAUGACACUGCCAUUGAAACAGGCAAUUACAGAAGCUAUAAGAUACCCUCGCCAGUGGCAUCUCCAAUCAAUUUGAACAUACCCAUGACAGCUGCUUUGAGCCACAGCCUCUGUGACCAAGAGGACCCUCAUGACACUUUCUACAAGUUCCUGCAGCCAGUUCCCUAAGAGAGCACUUCUUGGGACCCUGACACUAGACAAAACAUGCUCUUCCUGGCAUGUGUGUACUUGCUACCACCUCUUAUAACACUCCUUUCCCACUGUGGGUCAGAGGACCAUGGGAGAGGUAAGAUGGUGUUUCCGACAAGGUGCUUCUGUACUUCCGCCAAUAAACCUCCAAGUGAGUCUCUAA